AUCCUCGCUAGUCCCUUUCAGGUAAUGAGGAAUAAUAUUUCCAAAGCAUUGCAGCCAUGUCAAAGCAUCAUCAUCAUACCCACUAUCAACUACGACCUACCUACCUACCUACCUACCUCACAACUCCGUACAGUAUAUCCAAUUACCGCCAUAGCACAUAUCACUCGCACGCAAUACACGAAACAAUCAAUCGCCAAUUGAUUUCUCGACCUCACCCACCCUCUUUGCGUGCCCUCGCGCAAACAGCAACACACGACAUCCCAUUCACCACCUCCCACCCAACCCACUUCAACAUGUCAGGCACCAAACAAAUCAUAAACCACUACACGCGCAUCCUCUCGCUCUGGCCCAAGGACCCCCUCCGCCCCGCCCAACCCUUCACCAACGCCAUCGAACACCGCGCCGUCCCCCUCGGCGUGACCCCCCUCCCCAAACCCUCCCCCUCCUCAAAAGAUGCCCCCUCGUCCUCCUCCACACAAACACCCCCCGCCGCCGCACCGUCGACACUAAACGCAGACGCCGAACUCGCCAACAUCAACGCGCUGUACUCGCUCCUCGGGAACCGCUACAGCAACCUGAACAAGCUGUCCCCGGGAGUCCUGAAGCCCACGUCGAACCCGGAGUACUACGACCGGCUGAUGCGAGAGAUCGAGCGCGCGCCCACAAAGUCGUGGUUCCAGGCGAAAGUCGACGAGUGGAAGAUGAAGAUUAGGUGGCAGUAAAAAAAGAAUCAUAAGAAAAGAAGAAGAACGAAUUAAGAGAGGGUAUAUUUGUAUGAAAUGAUUGGGAGUCGAUGAAGCUGGGACGGAGGAGGAUUCUUGCUCCGGGAUUUAUGGGUUGCGGGAAUAUAGGAAGGAGACGACCCAUGUACUGUACUCAAUUGUACUACAUACUAUGUACUUGUAUAUAAUGAUAUCAUCAUUGCAUAUUAUGGCGUUGUGGCACUCGGGAA